UCGGAAGACAGGAUAUGGGGCUAGAUGGACCUUUAGUCUUAUAAAUGCCAUGUCCCUUCCUCAGAUGCCAGCCAGUUGUGUCUCUCUGCUAUGUUUUAACUUCCUGCUCCCCUGGCUGCUGAGGUUUAGGCCAGAGAGCAGAGAGACAACCAUGUGACCUGACUAGAUCCUCCCACACCACUGAAGUCUUCUCUUCAUAAGCUUAAGGCCUGGUCUGCACCUAAAAACUUAGGUCGACCUCUUUCACUCAGGGCUGUGAAAACCUGUGUGCUCAGAACACUGUAUGUAGUUAGGUUAACCUAAUCCCUGUUGCGGGUGCGGACGUAGACGGAAGGAUUCGUUCCUCAACCUAGCUACUGCCUUUUGGGGAGGUGGAUGAACUAUGCGGACGGGAAAAAGUCUUCCGUCGACACAGGACACGUCUAUGCUACGUCACUACAGUGGCAUGGCUGUAGCGUAGACUCUGUCUUAGACAGGGAGGAGACCUAUCCCAUCCCAACACAGGUAUAGGGCCAUUUCCCAGUGCAGCCUAAUCCUGCAGUGAGGUUGCCUGUUAGGGCCCCUGCAAAAACUGGCCGGGGGCUCAGCCUAGAGGACCUGCAAAUCUCUUCCUCAUGGGUUCGUGCAGCUCUUGAAGGAGUCCAUUGGAGGCGAGGGCCAUCUACUGAGAGAAAGACGAUGAGUGAAUCUAGUGCAAAAUCCAGCCAGCCCUUGGCUUCCAAACAGGAGGAGGACGUGUCUGAGAAGAGAGGGCGGGGACGACCCAGGAAGAAGCCUCAGCAGGAACCCAGCGAGGCACCAACCCCCAAGAGACCACGUGGCAGACCAAAGGGGAGCAAAAACAAGGCCACUUCUAAAGGCAGGAAAGCUGCAGUAACACCUGGGAGGAAACCUCGAGGCCGGCCCAAAAAAUCGCAGAAGGACGAAGAGGAAGUGAACGUUUCGCAGGAGUCAUCCGAAGAGGAGCAGUGAAAACGCUUGAACCCGGCACUACCUCAUCGUUCAACUUACCAAUUUCUCGUCAAGUUCUUGGACUGAGGAAGGAACCAAAACAAAACAGAAAUCCUUGGUGGGAGUGUAUUUUUUUUUUUUCCUCCUCCGCGCCCCCCACCCCCCACACAACUUUCUCACCCUCAAACAGCAGCAGCACUGGGGUUCAGAUCAAACCGACGGAGCGGCCACCACGCUCGCUGACGGACGCUGUUAACUCGAAGGGGGAAACCGGGCUCUGUUGUUUCUCUUUCUUAUUGGACAGGGUUAAAAUUUAGCCUAUUGGCUGAUGUAGUUUCUUUUGUUCCUAGUGAAAUUCACUGAGGGAAGGCUCCUGUAGAACGGUUGCUUUAUUGUUUUGUGAUUUUUUUUUUUUUUCCAAACACACUUCAGGGUAGGGAAAGGAGGAGAGGGGGCUGCUUAUGGCUGUCUGUAUUUUUAGUUUUCUUUUUAAACUAGUUGGGGACAGAUCUGUUAAAGCCCUCCACCCACACACCCCUUUUCCCUGCAGCAUCUCUACUUUGCACAGGAGCUGCCCCAAAGCUGCAGGUGAUAUGAGCUUCUCCCUGCAGCCCUGAGAAGGGAGCCAAGGUCUGUCAAGGGGAGUGGCGAGUGUUAGUCUGACAGGGCUGGCUGAGCACCGCUCCCCCAUCUCAAACUCCCUUGUCACACACAGCUGCAGAACCGUCUGACACUUCCCCCUCUUUCCUUGGUGCUGAUGUUUGAGCCCACCCUCCUCAGCUGCUGGCCCUGCGGGGAAGAUUUAAAGGUGGAGGCCGCCCUUCCUGCUCUGGGAUCCCCUAACUGAGAGGGCAUGAAGGAAGCUCCCUCUCCUGUGCUGAUCCAGCUCCGGCUGAGCUCCCCAAAGCUCUGUGCUGGCCUAGGGGAACCAGCACUUGUGUAGUUUUCUCCUUUGGGCCCAGCAGCAGAGCAGGGCUAUGUAUUAAAAUCACUUUAGGGGGUAGGGCAAUAGUAGUGCAUCCAUGGCUGGCUGCACGAGGGCCUCUGAGCUGCAGCUACGUGUUAACGGUUUGUUUCAGUUCAACCAAGGCAUGUUCUGUUGGCACUGAGGUGUGAUCACACCCAGCACGCAGAGCCCCGCUGGGGGAAUAUUCCACGAGAUAGGACUAUAGAGACCCAAGUUCUAUUCCAGACUCUGCCACUGGCCUGCUGGCUGACCUGCGGCAAGUCACAUCACCUGUGUGCCUCAGUUUUCCCCAUCUGUAAAAGGGGGAUAAUGUUACCAACUGCCUCUGUAAAGUGCUGGGAGAGCUACAGAUGAAAAGUGCUAGGCAAGAGCUAAGUAUUACCAUCGGGUGCAUUUUGAAGGACCCCUAGACAAGCCUACAGAGCAUCCUGCUCAUGAUAGAGCAGGCUCCUCCUUGCAGUCAGAAGAGUGGCACAGCUGAAACACAGAGCAGACACAUGGUAUAGGGACCAGCUGGCAAUCCGAUCCACCCCUGCCCCCACAGGUGACCAGUGCACAAUCGCAAGCCUGGAAGCAGGGUGCAGCCAGAUUUGUCUGAAUUACUCUAGGGCAGAGAUUAAAACUGACCUGCUGCCAUCUUGAGAGAACUUUUAAGACUCAGUGCUCAAGAAUAGUUGUCCUUUUGUUUUAAGUUACAAAGUCCAGCCACCCCUUGCUCUUCUAUUACGGAAGCACUAAUGCUUUCUGCAUCCCUCCUUCCAACUUACAAAAGCAGACUUCCCUCUCGGCAGAAGACCGAGACUCCCCGCAACACACAAUAGAUAUAACACGGCACUAUUGGCUGCCUUUUCGCUUCAGCUUCCCCCCACCCUGUGUGUAAGGCUCAUAAGGCCGGCUACCCUCAGUCAUGCUGCAGCAGCCCUCUGAUUGCAGGACUGUGGGAUCAGCCCCAGAGGGGUGUCUGCUGUUUAAAGGGGAAUUUGCCUUUCACAGGCAGCAUUGCUGAUUCUUUCUCUUUCCCAUCAGCUCUGUGGAAUUCUCCAUCAGGAAUAGCAUCGCGGGCUUUUUAGUGACACUUGUACUUCCAGGCCAGAUUUCAGGGGAUUUUUUGUUUUAAGGUUUAUUUUUGUUGGUUUGUUUUUUCCCUCCUCCAUUCACAACUACCUCUGGAUAAUUUAAGUUCCAUUCUCUUAACCAUAGAUAUGCUGCUGCUGUUACUGCUGCUGUACUGGUUACAACAUUUAUUAUUCCAACAUGGUCUUUCUGGUUUUUAUUCCUCCCCCCGGGAAUGAUUCAUUUACAGUCGGGAGCCGAAGCUGGGUGGAUGGCUGGGAGCGGUGGGGGGAGAUCAUUUAAAAGUGUUAGGCUAUUCUACUAUAGAAAGGGACAGAAUUUUUCAAGGAGGUGUGGUGAAGACACCCCGUCAACCCUUUCCCCGGGGCUUUCCAGCCAACGUUAGAAAAACAAGAGAAAACGGCAAAGCAGCAACCAUGACCUAUUCCCCAACAGCCAUUAGCGCUUGCCAGUGGGGAAAACACCCUUCCCUGUCCCUCUGCCCCAUUGGGAUUAGUGCUCUACUGCCGUGGCCUGGAAACAUUCCCCGGCGGCUCGAGAUCACUGAACUGGAGAUGUUGCUCUCUAGAGAGAGAAGCAGCCUGGGUCGGGCGCGGGACUAGGCCUGGGUCUGAAUAAUGGUGGAGUCAGCCCCUGCCUCUGUUUCCCCACCUGCCUCUGGAGGGGAUGAUGUUCGUGAGGUGACUCAACAACAUGGAGCGCCUUAGCUCGCAGGAAGGCGCCCCUGCUUGCGGCAGGUAAAGGAGGGGCCGGGGCGAGAUAUUGUUCGCUCGUUAAUCCACAUCAGGUACCAGGCCACUUACUCUUUUCAUGCUCCAUGCCUCAGGCUGGGGGAUUAGACUCAGCAGGAAAGUAAACAGCGUGAGCGGCUGCCUCCAACGACCUGAGAGAUCCCUUCGCCACACCACACUCCAUCCCUUUAGCUACAACCAACUGCAGCGGAGCUGGAGGUUAUUACUAUGGGGAAGAACAAAGGGGUGAAAGCAGUUUUGGGGUUUACAUUGAGAGUUUUUACUGGGUGUUCAAGUCACCUGUCCAGCAGGGCGGCGGGGGGGACACCACAUGAGUGUAAGCCGUGGCUGGAGAAAGCAGGCAGAUGGCUGACAAUUGGUAAAAAGUGGAUGUUUUUUGGUCCAUUGUUAAAGACCUUUUGGUUUCCUAUUUGCAGUUACUUGAAUAAAACAUUUUAUGGA